AUGGCGUUGACUCAGUGGCCCUGCCUCAUCUUGACCCUGCUCUCAGGCUUGGCAGUCUCUGGCUUCCCUAGAAACCCAUCCCGGCUGCUUGGGAAACGGAGCCUCCCGGAAGGGGCGGUCGACGGCAUCGAAGUCUACAGCACCAAAGUCAACUGCAAGGUGACCUCCCGCUUCGCUCACAAUGUCGUCACCACCAGGGCCGUCAACCACGCAAACACUGCCAAGGAGGUGUCCUUCGACGUGGAGCUGCCCAAGACCGCCUUCAUCACCAACUUCACCUUGACCAUCGAUGGCGUUACCUACCCUGGGAACAUCAAGGAGAAGGAAGUUGCCGAGAAGCAGUAUGAGAAGGCUGUGUCCCAGGGCAAGACAGCUGGCCUGGUCAAGGCCUCUGGGAGGAAGCUGGAGAAAUUCACGGUCUCAGUCAAUGUGGCUGCAGGCAGCAAGGUCACUUUUGAGCUAACCUAUGAGGAGCUGCUCAAGAGGCAUAAGGGCAAGUACGAGAUGUACCUCAAGGUCCAGCCCAAGCAACUGGUCAAGCACUUUGAGAUCACGGCAGACAUCUUCGAACCUCAGGGCAUCAGUACCCUGGAUGCUGAAGCCUCAUUCAUCACCAAUGACCUCUUGGGCAGCGCCCUCACCAAGUCCUUCUCAGGGAAAAAGGGCCAUGUGUCCUUCAAACCCAGCUUGGACCAACAGCGUUCCUGCCCAACCUGCACGGACUCCCUCCUCAAAGGAGAUUUCAUCAUCACCUAUGAUGUGAACAGAGAGUCUCCCGCCAAUGUGCAAAUCGUCAAUGGCUACUUUGUGCACUUCUUUGCACCUCAAGGCCUUCCGGUGGUGCCCAAGAGCGUGGUCUUCGUGAUUGACGUCAGCGGUUCCAUGCAUGGUCGGAAAAUGGAGCAGACAAAGGAUGCCCUCCUCAAAAUUCUGGAGGAUGUCAAAGAGGAUGACUACUUGAAUUUCAUCCUGUUCAGUGGAGAUGUGACCACUUGGAAAGACAGUUUAGUUCAAGCCACUCCUGAGAACAUCCAGGAAGCCAGGAAAUUUGUGAUGGAUAUUCAUGAUCGAGGAAUGACCAACAUCAACGACGCGCUGCUGAGGGGCAUCAGUAUGCUGAACAAGGCCCGGGAGGAGCAUACAGUCCCAGAGAGGAGCACCUCCAUUAUCAUCAUGUUGACCGACGGGGACGCCAAUGUGGGUGAAAGCAGACCUGAAAAAAUCCAAGAGAAUGUGCGGAAUGCCAUUGGUGGCAAGUUCCCCUUGUAUAACCUGGGCUUUGGAAACAAUCUGAAUUAUAACUUCCUGGAAAAUAUGGCCCUGGAGAACCAUGGGAUUGCCCGGCGCAUUUAUGAGGAUUCCGAUGCCAACUUGCAGUUGCAGGGCUUCUAUGAGGAGGUGGCCAACCCACUGCUGACAGGCGUGGAGGUAGAGUACCCUCAGAAUGCCAUCCUGGACCUCACCCAGAACAGUUACCAGCAUUUCUACGAUGGCUCUGAGAUUGUGGUAGCCGGGCGCCUGGCGGACGAGGACAUGAACAGCUUUAAGGCAGAUGUGAAAGGCCACGGGGCCAUCAACGACCUGACCUUCACUGAGGAGGUGGACAUGAAGGAGAUGGAGAAGGCCCUGCAGGAGCGGGAAUACAUUUUUGGGGACUACAUUGAACGGCUCUGGGCCUACCUCACCAUCGAGCAGCUGCUGGACAAACGCAAGAAUGCCAGGGGUGAGGAGAAGGAGAACCUCACAGCCCAGGCCUUGGAGCUGUCCCUCAAGUACCACUUUGUGACUCCACUGACCUCCAUGGUGGUGACCAAGCCUGAGGACAACGAGAACCAGACAGCCAUCGCCAACAAGCCCGGGGAAGGUAGGCACAGACGGUGGGGGGCCACAACUUGGAUGCCUCCUUCCAGGCCCCUGACCCUGGUGGAUGGGGACCCCCACUUCAUCAUCCAAGUUCCCGAGAAGGACGAUGCCAUCUGCUUCAAUAUUGAUGAAGACCCAGGCACAGUGCUGCGCCUCAUUCAGGACCCUGUCACAGGCCUCACAGUUAACGGGCAGAUCAUUGGUGAGAAGACAGGCAGCUCAGACUCCCAGGCCAGAAGAACUUACUUUGGCAAACUGGGCAUUGCCAGUGCUCGGAUGGACUUACGGAUUGAGGUGACACCGGAGAAGAUCACCCUGUGGAAUGGGGACGCACCGAGCACGUUCAGCUGGCUGGACAUGGUCAUGAUCACACAGGAUGGGCUAUCUGUAAUGAUCAACAGGAAGAAGAACAUGGUGGUCUCCUUUGGAGAUGGGGUUACUUUUGUGGUUGUCCUGCAUCAGGUGUGGAAGAAAGAGCCUGCCCACCAUGACUUCCUUGGCUUCUACGUGGUGGACAGUCGUGGGAUGUCAGCACAGACACAUGGGCUGCUGGGACAAUUCUUCCACCCCUUUGACUUUCAAGUGUCUGAUGUCCACCCAGGCUCUGACCCCACAAAGCCAGAUGCCACAAUGGUGGUGAAGAACCAUCAGCUGACAGUCACCAGGGGCUCCCAGAAGGACUACAGGAAGGACAUCAGCGUCGGCAGGAAUGUUGCCUGCUGGUUCGUCCACAACAAUGGGCAAGGGCUGAUCGACGGCAUUCACAGAGACUACAUUGUCCCCAACCUGUUCUGA